UUGGACAAAGUCCAAAACUCCUUAGGUAGACAUGAGAUUGAGAGAGAACAAAGUGGUCCGUUUGAAGUGCCUUUCAGCUUCGAGGGCGUUUUAAUUAAUUUUGUUCUCUACAGAGGAGGAUGUGAGCAAAAUGCAUGCUGUCUGGCACAGGAAGAGAAUAAAAAGUUGUUUAAGUGGUCCUAUAGUCAUGCACCUAUCUAUCUCAGAGGGCCUUAUCCAUCAAUCUUCUUCAUUCCUACCUUCUUCUGCUAAGAAAAUCUCAUUUCCACAACAAUGUCAAAAGAAUAAAAAUCUGAUUAUUCUGACAUACAACGCAAAAUGCCCGAGACAGCUACUACACCAACGGAUUCCUCCACUAAUAGUCUCUUCGAGCUUCUCACCGAAAUGAAGAAGCAAUCUUGGCCAGAAUCACUCACCUUUCAAGCAAAAUCUCCCUCCCAACACUGCUCCGAAUGCUGGUUCGACGAUGCAUGCAUCUUGGACAUGGAUUACUUCGUGAAGACCCUUUCUGGAAUCAAGGCCAAAGGUGUUCGUGCAGACCUUAUUGGCUCCAUCAUCACUCACUAUGCCUCCAAAUGGCUCCCUGAUCUUUCUGCAGGUGAUAUGGUCGAAAAGGGUCUCACCCAAAUCGAGGAAUCACCGGAAAGCGUGACGGCUUCAUGGAUGAAGAAGAGGUUCUUCGUGGAAACCUUGGUGGGUGUUCUGCCUCCUGAGAAAGAUGCAAUUCCAUGUAACUUUAUGCUCAGGCUUCUGAGAACGGCCAACAUGGUUGGAGUUGAGGGUAACUACAGGCAAGAGCUUGAGAAGCGUAUUUCGUGGCAAUUAGACCAGGCUUCGUUGAAGGAGUUGGUGAUUCCAUCUUUCAGCCACACUUGUGCCACUCUCUUGGAUGUUGAACUUGUCAUUAGGCUGGUUCAGAGGUUCGUGAGUUUGGACAGUGACGGGGCUAAGAGUGUUGCUUCUUUGGUUAAGGUAGCUAAGUUAGUCGAUUCCUACCUCGCUGAGGCUGCUGUGGACUCCAAUUUGAGCUUGAACGACUUCGUUACCCUUGCCGCCGCUCUUCCUAGCCAUGCAAGAGCAACGGAUGAUGGCUUGUACCGUGCCAUUGAUACCUAUCUUAAAGCACAUCCAGCAGUGUCAAAGCAAGAAAGGAAGGGUCUUUGCAGGUUAAUCGACAGCAGAAAACUGACCCCAGAGGCAUCACUGCAUGCAGCACAGAACGAACGAUUUCCAGUGAGAGCAGUGAUUCAGGUGCUGCUUUCUGAGCAAAGCAAACUGUCACGGCACGUGGAUUGGAGCGGUUCGUUGGUGAGUGGGACAAGAAGCCCCAGUACGUUCGAGUUACCGACACGGUGUCUGUCGAAGCGUGAGGUGAACGCGCAGCAGCACGAGAUAAGGAAGCUGAAGGACGACGUGUACAGGUUGCAGAGCCAGUGCAACGCCAUGCAGGCUCAGAUGGAGAGAAUGGUGGAGAAGAAAAAGGGGUUCUUCAAGUGGAAGAAGUUUGCUUUUGGCAAAGCUGAACAUGAAAAAAUGGAACUUGAGCUUGAAGGGAAUGAAAUGUACACGCCUGCUGGUCUCAAAACCAGAUUGGUCAAUGUCAAAGGUAGCAAGAACAACAACACUCACAAGUGGAGGAAAUCUAUGUCGUGAAACCACAAGAACACAACUCAUUAGUUUGUUAUAUUAUUUUGUUCAGAAUAAUAAUUCAGUGUUUGAUAUGUUUGUUCAUUGGUGUUUGAAAUAAUGUAAGAUCAGCCUUUUGUCUUUGGAAUGAUAAUACUGAAAUGUGAUGAUUGUAGAAUGAUAAGUAGAAUCUUGGGUUUGUUUAGGCGUAUGUUGUUUUUCAAAGUUUACUUCAAUAAAUUGAGGCUGAUGCUUCCUGCACUUUCGUAA